AUGUUUGACACUGGUUACAAGUCACAGUAUAUUGGAGGCCAGAGGGAGAAGUUUGUAAGGUUGGAUGAUCUUGAUUCUAACAUGUCAUUCUCAGGCAGACCGAGUUUGAUGGAUAGGCUAAGAUCGAUCUUCCAUGUUGGCGGCCGCGCAAGGAAGAAUCCGUCACAAUCCUUUAGGCUAGGAGUGAAGAAAGGAUCAGCAGGACUCAGAACAUUUGGAAGGUCACUGAAAACAGGUGUAACUACUUGGGCAGUGUUCCCUGAAGAUCUCAAAGUUUCAGAGAAGAAAGUGUUUGAUCCUCAAGACAAGCACCUUCUCCAUUGGAACAAGUUCUUUGAGAUCCUCUGCAUUUUUUCAGUAGCUGUUGACCCUUUCUUCUUCUAUCUCCCUUACUUCAACGUCAAGUCAUUCUGCCUCGCCAUAGAUAGCACGCUGGCGAAUUUUACAGCAGCAUUGAGGACUGUAUUGGAUUUUAUCUAUCUCCUGCGCAUAAGCUUUCAGUUCCGAACUGCUUAUAUCGCGCCUUCAUCUCGUGUGUUUGGAAGAGGUGAACUUGUCAUAGAUCCUGCAAAGAUUGCCAGUCGAUAUUUACAGCGAUAUUUCAUUAUCGACUUCAUGUCUGUGUUUCCUGUGCCACAGGUUUGAAAACCAUGCCUUUUGAAUUGUCAAGGGCUACU